GGACCAUGCGUUAUCAAGAUCUGUAAGGGAAAAACUAGCACUUUGCGAACCGUUACUGGACUAGUUCUGUCUCAGGAAACAAAGAGCAAGACUCUACCUGAUUAUGUUAAAGAAAAUAACGUUAUUUGCCUUACUUGUUAUAAUGCAAUCGUUGUUAACGCAUCUUCUGAAUUUCAGAUGCAUGUGUUAGAUUCACAUUCUCAUAUUGAGGCAGAAAUCUCUAACCAACCUACUUUUUUGUCUUUUUCACAGGCCGUAGAGCUGAUUACAAACGUUCUUUAUGAAAGAGAAUAUAAUUCAAUGCUUACUCAACCAAGACAUCUAAUUCAUUACAUUUCGUUACUAUUUUGCUUAAUCCAAUUAGAACUUAACCAGCAAUUUCAGGCCUAG